AUUUGGGUAGUUUACAUAAUUAUCCUUGGGCUCAAAAGCUGGCAAACUUCUGUGAUCAACUCCCAACUUAUCACGCGUUGCUCUUCUUAUUCAUUACAAACCCCAAAACGCCAAAAACACGCCCUUGAGAACUAAGAAACCAUCCCUCCGACAGAUCUCCGGCGUCUCUUUCCGUUUCCAUUCAAUCCAAUUCACACACUCAAAACUCCGAUUUAGAUCUACAACACACUCGAACUCAUCGAAUUUCUCCUUUAAAUUCCAAAAAUCCGCUCAUCGUUUUCUUUAUUCUGUAACUUUUAAUUUCUCUGUUGUUAUUGUUAGUUGUAAUCCAUGAAGGAGAUGUUCCGAUUCCAGCAAGAGAAGGUCAGAAAACGACUUUGAUUGUUAUCCGCCUUGCUCCGACUAGAUAAGGAUUUAAUUAUUUUAUUAUAAUUAUCGUUUGUUAUGGCGGAUGCUUUAUCUGCCAUUCCGGCCGCCGUGCUUCGGAACCUCUCUGAUAAGUUAUAUGAGAAGCGGAAAAAUGCGGCGCUUGAGGUUGAAGGAAUUGUAAAGCAAUUGACAGCUGCUGGAGAUCAUGAUAAGAUUACUGCUGUGAUUAAUUUGCUGACACAUGAGUAUACUUACUCACCUCAAGCAAAUCACCGCAAGGGAGGGUUGAUUGGCUUGGCUGCAGCUACUGUUGGUUUGAGUGCUGAAGCUGCACAACAUCUCGAGCAAAUUCUACCACCAGUCAUAAACUCUUUCUCUGAUCAAGAUAGCAGAGUUCGCUACUAUGCUUGUGAAGCUUUAUACAACAUUGCAAAGGUUGUGAGAGGAGAAUUCAUUUUCCACUUCAACAAGAUAUUCGAUGCAUUAUGUAAGCUUUCAGCAGAUUCAGAUCCCAAUGUACAAAGCGCUGCCCAUCUUUUAGAUAGACUCGUAAAGGACAUUGUGACAGAGAGUGAUCAAUUCAGCAUUGAGGAAUUUAUACCGUUGUUGAGAGAGCGCAUGAAUGUGUUGAAUCCUUAUGUCCGCCAGUUUUUGGUGGGUUGGAUCACUGUUUUGGACAGUGUUCCAGACAUCGAUAUGUUGGGAUUUCUUCCUGAUUUUCUUGAUGGUUUAUUUAAUAUGUUAAGUGAUUCUAGUCAUGAAAUCCGCCAGCAAGCUGACUCAGCACUUUCAGAGUUUCUUCAAGAGAUUAAGAACUCCCCGUCUGUAGAUUAUGGUCGCAUGGCUGAAAUACUUGUACAAAGAGCAGCUUCUCCUGAUGAAUUCACUCGGUGGACUGCAAUAACAUGGAUAAACGAGUUUGUAAAACUUGGUGGAGACCAGCUUGUACCUUAUUAUGCUGAUAUAUUGGGAGCUAUCUUACCAUGCAUAGCUGACAAAGAAGAGAAAAUACGAGUUGUAGCCCGUGAAACAAAUGAAGAGCUUCGUGUAAUCAAGGCUGCUCCUGCUGAAGGAUUUGAUGUUGGAGCAAUCCUUGAUAUUGCUAGGAGGCAGUUAUCUAAUGAGCAUGAGGCUACUCGAAUUGAAUCACUACAUUGGAUUUCAACCCUUUUGAAUAGGCAUCGUCAGGAGGUCCUCUCUUUUCUGAAUGAUAUUUUUGACACACUUCUCAAGUCAUUAUCAGACCCCUCUGAUCAGGUAGUGCUCCUGGUGCUGGAGGUACACGCAGCCAUUGCAAAAGACCAACAUAACUUUCGCCAGCUUGUCAUUUUCUUAGUUCAAAAAUUUCGGACAGAUCAUGCCCUCCUCGAAAGACGUGGUGCUUUGAUUAUUCGUCGACUUUGUGUGCUUUUAGAUGCUGAAAGAGUUUACCGUGAACUCUCCAAGAUUCUAGAAGGGGAAGCUGAUCUGGAUUUUGCAUCUACUAUGGUUCAGGCUUUAAAUUUGAUUCUGCUCACCUCAUCUGAGUUAUCUGAUCUAAGAGAUCUUUUAAAGCAAUCACUUGUUAACGCUGCUGGAAAAGACUUCUUUCUUUCAUUAUACGCCUCAUGGAGUCAUUCAUCAAUGGCCAUAAUAAGUCUCUGCUUAUUAGCACAGGCUUACCAACACGCAAGUUCUGUGAUUCAAUCUUUAACAGAGGAGGAUAUUAAUGUCAGAUUCUUGGUUCAGCUCGACAAAUUAAUACACCUUCUAGAGACUCCUAUUUUUGCUUAUCUUAGGCUGCAGCUUCUUGAACCUGGAAGAUACAUAUGGUUGUUAAAAUCGCUCUAUGGUCUUCUCAUGUUACUUCCUCAGCAAAGUGCAGCGUUUAAGAUCUUAAGGACUCGUUUGAAGACAGUUCCUUCAUAUUCCUUCAACAAAGAUUCACGAAACCCUUCCACACUCUCACAAGAUUUCAAUAACAUGAACAUGAAUGAGGAGGAAGAUUCUUCUUCUCAUAACAUGAACAUGAGCAAUAAUGGAAUAAACUUUGCAUCUUGGCUACAACGAUUCCAACAGAAACAACACCAACAUCGCUUGCAUUCAAAAACACAAGCACGCGCCUUUUCACGCAACAUUUCCAUUUCCUCAAAGGAGGUGAAGGAGGCUGAGAAAGCUGAAGAAGUGAGGGGGCCCACACCAGAGUUGAACAGGCCACCUGUUUCAAGAUCAUCGCGAAAAAGUGGUCCAGGGCAACUACAUUUAUGAUCUAUCAUUGUCUUGUCUUGUGGGUAUAAAGUGUAAAUUGUAUAUCGUUAGUAGUUUCUGUCUCUGGUGAAGAAGUUGUUAUUAUGAAGAUGAUGGGUUGUAGGUUUUUUUUUUUUUUUUUUUUUUUUCUUUCACCCUUUUUUCUU